GACGAGGAGGAGACGCUGAGAAUCACCCUUCCUCCAGGCGGAGCCGGCCCCCUCACCCGCGGGUGUGUCCUAUAAAUGGCGUCGGAAAGCGACACUGAAGAAUUCUAUGAUGCCCCCGAAGAUGUGCACCUGGGGGGUGGCUAUCCCGUAGGGUCUCCAGGAAAAGUUGCACUAUCAUCAGCCAAGGAAACAGAGAAUACGGCAUACAAAGCUGAAAAGGAGUCCUCUGUACAAGAACUGAGACAAGAUGUAUCUAAAAAGAUAAUUGAAAGUAUUAUUGAGGAAAGUCAGAAAGUAGUACAAUUGGAAGAUGACUCUUUGGAUUCCAAAGAAAAAGGACUCUUUGAUCAGGCUAUUGCCAGUACUUCUAUGGCUGGCACAAACAUUAGUAACAUACCUGGACUAUUAUCCAUACAGCAGGAACUACAACAAGAUUCUGAAAAGGCAGACAGUUCAAAUCAAUUUGAAGAAACCGAAUUAGAAACACAAAUAUGUUUGCCUUCUGAUGACACCUGUGAGAAGACAGAGGAUCAAACUUCUGAUUUAACUGAAGUAAGUUCAGCUGAGAAGCUUGAUGUUUCUGAGCUGGAAACUGAAAUGUUGAACAAGGAAGCAAUGGAAGUCAAAGAAAGUGACGAUCUAGAUCCUGCCUGCUCAGACUCUUUAUCUACACCCCCAGAGCCCCUUUCUCCAGAACCUGAUAUAGUAGCCAGUACAAAGAAGCCUGUUCCUGCACGCCCACCGCCACCAACGAAUUUCCCACCUCCUAGACCCCCACCUCCAGCCCGACCUGCGCCCCCACCAAGAAAAAAGAAAAGUGAACUGGAGUUUGAGGCUUAUAAAACACCUGAUCUGGAUGUAGCCAAGGACAACAUUCCAUCUGAUUCUCUCCUUGCUACAAAUGUGGCUUCAGAGAGUACUGUUAGAGAUUCCCAGCCGUCUCUUGAUUUGGCAAGUGCUACAAGUGGAGAUAAAAUAGUUACUGCCCAGGAAAAUGGAAAAGAACCUGAAGUGCAGACAGUAGCAGGUGAAGUGAUGGGCCCUCAAAGACCUAGAUCCAACUCUGGGAGAGAGCUCACUGAUGAGGAAAUUUUAGCCAGUGUAAUGAUUAAGAACCUGGAUACUGGAGAAGAAAUACCUCUAAGUCUUGCUGAAGAGAAGUUACCAACAGGUAUUAAUCCUCUCACUCUACACAUCAUGAGAAGGACAAAGGAGUAUGUAAGCAAUGAUGCCACACAGUCUGAUGAUGAAGAAAAGUUACAGUCACAACAAACAGAUACUGAUGGUGGAAGGUUAAAACAGAAAACGACUCAACUAAAGAAAUUCCUUGGAAAAUCAGUAAAGAGAGCAAAGCAUCUUGCUGAGGAAUAUGGUGAACGUGCUAUAAAUAAAGUUAAAAGUGUAAGAGAUGAAGUGUUUCAUACUGAUCAAGAUGAUCCUUCAUCAAGCGAUGAUGAAGGAAUGCCAUAUACAAGACCAGUUAAAUUCAAGGCAGCACAUGGCUUCAAAGGACCUUAUGAUUUUGAUCAGAUCAAAGUGGUGCAAGAUCUUAGUGGUGAACAUAUGGGAGCUGUUUGGACCAUGAAAUUUUCUCACUGUGGCCGAUUACUUGCCUCAGCUGGACAAGACAAUAUAGUGAGGAUAUGGGCUUUAAAAAAUGCUUUUGACUAUUUCAACAAUAUGCGAAUGAAAUACAAUACUGAAGGCCGAGUGUCACCGUCACCAUCUCAGGAAAGUCUAAGUUCAUCAAAAUCUGACACAGACACAGGGGCAUGUAGUGGAACCGAUGAAGACCCAGAUGACAAAAAUGCACCGUUUCGGCAACGACCAUUUUGUAAAUAUAAAGGACAUACUGCUGAUCUCCUUGAUCUUUCAUGGUCUAAAAACUACUUUCUGCUCUCUUCUUCUAUGGAUAAAACAGUCAGGUUAUGGCACAUUUCUAGAAGAGAAUGCCUUUGCUGUUUUCAACAUAUAGAUUUUGUCACUGCCAUCGCUUUCCAUCCAAGAGAUGACAGGUAUUUUCUCAGUGGAUCAUUGGACGGAAAGCUCCGCCUAUGGAACAUACCUGACAAAAAAGUGGCUUUAUGGAAUGAAGUAGAUGGUCAGACAAAAUUGAUCACAGCUGCCAAUUUCUGUCAGAAUGGCAAAUAUGCAGUAAUUGGAACAUAUGAUGGUAGAUGUAUUUUCUAUGACACAGAGCAUUUGAAAUACCAUACGCAAAUACAUGUACGAUCUACUAGAGGGCGCAACAAGGUUGGAAGAAAAAUUACUGGCAUUGAACCUUUACCUGGAGAAAAUAAGAUACUGGUAACCUCAAAUGACUCCAGAAUCAGACUAUAUGAUCUCAGAGACCUGUCACUGUCCAUGAAGUAUAAGGGUUAUGUCAAUAGCAGCAGCCAGAUCAAAGCAAGUUUCAGCCAUGACUUUACUUACCUCGUUAGCGGUUCAGAAGAUAAAUAUGUUUAUAUCUGGAGUACUUACCAUGACCUAAGCAAGUUUACUUCAGUCAGGAGAGAUCGUAAUGACUUCUGGGAAGGUAUUAAAGCACAUAAUGCAGUUGUUACAUCAGCCAUCUUUGCUCCCAAUCCAAGUUUGAUGUUAUGCUUGGAUAUGCCAUCUGAGAAAUUAGAAGGGACUGAGAAAAGUGAAGAAGCUGAAGUUUUGGGUAGCACAUCUACUGGUAUUGUGAAGACAGAUAACACAGAAGUUCUACUGUCUGCCGACUUCACUGGAGCAAUCAAAGUGUUUAUUAACAAAAGGAAAACUGUAUCUUAAUUUGGAAUUAUAUUUAAAAUAAGCAUAUCAGUAAGUUUCUAUAUGUAUCAGAAAUGAGAAAAGUAUUAUAGUGUUUCAUGCUAACAUCCUUUUAUAACUUUUAUUGAAAGUUGUCCAAAUAUAAUAUAUAUUUUUUGAGAGGCAGUGUUAGUGAUCUAGGAAGCCCUAGACUGAUAGACUAGAAAGAAUGUGGCUAGAUUAACAUUGCCGAGCAUAGAGUUUAUGUUUUGUUAUGUUUAUGUUUUGUUAUAUAAUUAUAAACAUGCACAGGUUUCUGCAUGAAAAGAUAUUAAUAUAUUAAUCACAUGUGCGUGCCUUUUGGUUACAUGCACUAAAUCUAACAAAGUUAAAUUAUUUCAGUGGCUCUUUUGGCCUCCUACUGGGUGAUAGUCUUGUUUCUAGCUCUAAAAUUUUUUUUGCACAAAAUUUUGUUUUUAAAAAACGUGGUAUCUUUUGACUGAAUUAUUGUUUCAAAAAUGUUAUAUAGGUUUUCAAUAGGUCAAUAACCAUGUGUAAAUGGUUUUUUAUAAAUUUCUCAAUUUGGGGACAAGAUUUUUUUUGUGAUCUAAAUUGUGGAUUUAUUCUUUACUUUGUAUGUGUAUAUAUAUAAUUUUUUUCUUUGCCACACUGGAGCACAAUGUUUCUAUGUAAAGAAUUCUUUUCUUUAUCCAUGAGCACCAGGCUUUGCUCAGUUAAAAAUAAGCCACAUUAAGGAGUGAGUCUUCUUUUUUACAAUAAUGUAAAAAUGAACUGUUUACAUUUUUUUAAAGCAUUGUAGUUUUUAAAAAUUAAGCUGUUUUGUUUGUGUUGUUGAAUUUGAAAGGCUUUGUAAAUACCAAUGGAAUGUACCAAUGAAAUAACACCUGGGACAAUGGAACCCUGGUAAUGUUGUUGAUGGUUUGCAUAUGUUUCUGAAAAUGAUAAUGUCAUUAAAGUUGGUCAUCAAAACUUG